CUUUGUUGCAACACCUGUGCUCGAGACCAUGGAGCGAGACGACUUCACCCCGCUCACGUUUGACCGACCGAUUCCAAUCGUGCUUGUAAAUGCAGCCCCAGGCGAGCGUACGUUUGACCCAAACGACCCCCAUUACCUGUACCAAGAGCGUAAAAAGUCUCGAAUCCUGCAGCGCUCCAUGUCUGUGGCAGAUGUCGAGUCCCCCCCGCCCCCCCCUCCUGCCGUGGUGCUCCAAGGCGACACCAACGACCCACACACGUUACUCCGCGCUGUGUUUCAGUACUAUUGUCGGUUUGGGCGAACCAGUACCCAAGGCUGCAGCACAGACGUAACCCUUGACAAUGUGAACUUUGCCAAGUUUUGCCGCGAUUGCCCCCACUUGAUUGGACCAUCGUUUACCUUGGUCGACGUGGAUUUGACCUUUUGCAAAGUGAAACUCAAACGAGAACGACGGAUCACAUACGCCAUGUUCUUAGAGGCGAUGGGAAUAAUGGCGUUGAAAAAGUACCCGAACCUGGCGUUGGAGGUUGCCGUCCCAAAGUUGCUUCAGGAGCAUAUCGCAACCCUUCCAUGCCUUCGACCAGGCUCCAGCUCGCCCAAUCGAGCGUCAGUCGUAUGCCGAGUCACCCCCAGCCCUCCAAAGUCCCCCCUUCGCAGCCCUCUUUCGACGUUGAAUCAUGGCCAACAAUUGGACCCACCCAACACUGUCAUUACGCUGGAAAAGACACAGCUGUCGCUGGAACAAUACCAGCGCCAAGUGCACAUGGUGAACACAUUGUCGCGCGUCAACAGUGCAUCGCAGGCUGAAGUGCAGGACUUGGAAGACCGCAUCAAGUUUUGCUACAUGCUGCAAGACGAGGUGGCCGAGCUGGUUUCCGACCUGCCCCGGGGGUACGAAGCCUACCGUCGCAUAUGCAAAGAAGUGGAAAUCCUCUCGGCCAACUUGGAAGCUUCAGUCAAGUACAUGGCCAAAGUGCACUUGCAUCGUAGCGGGGUGGUCGUGGCUGAAGAUUCACCCCGUAAGCGCGAAAACGCCGCAUUGAACAAACUUUUCCCCCAUGGCAUGGCCCCUGGCAUUCAAGAAACCAUGAAGCAAAUCAUGCAAGCCGAGCACGAUCGUGUUCGGUUUAAAGACGCCAAGCGACCUGUGGAUGAUAAGGACGACGAUGGCGACGACGCCGACAGCUUUCGCCCGAGCGAGUUCAGCGACCUUUGUCUCGGCCAUAUGGAAGACACUGCCCACAGUACAUGGCAACCCGACGAGGAUUCGUUUUAACAACAUGACCCCC